CCUGUGGUGCACUGUGACUGCCCGGCCGUGGAGCCGACGCAGUACAAGGAGGUCUUCCACGAGAGGGCGAACCCCGUGGAGCAGACGGGCUUGGUGCUGGCCACCUUCCUCACCGGCUUGGUCGCCGGACACCAGCUCGCGAGAGGCGGGCUCUUCGGGUGCCAGCGUCGGGCGCCGCCGGCGCCAGUGGUUUCCGCACUUGUUCCAGCACUUGAGGCCGCAGCACAGGCCGAGGAGGAGGACAUUGCCGAGCUUGCCCGCCGUCAGCAGGCGUUGAUCCGCAAGCGGGGGGAGUUCUUCGCCAUGAGGUACAACGUCGGCGGUCGUGAGUUGUGGCACACCCGCAUCUGCUGUGGCACGCCCCCUAACUAUCUCGUUGGCGUGACGAGCAUGACGCCCGAUCUGGACGAGUACGAGGAGCGCCGGCUCCUGGAGGGGGCCUGGCGCGUCUCGCUGCUGCGCUGGGCCCGCCUCCAGCCGCGGCAGCUGGGGGAGGUGCUCCUGGAGGAGCCGCUCCUGCCGCCGAGGCGGGAGGCCUUGGGGGUGGGGGUGGAGCGCCGGCAGGCCGCGGCACUUCGCAACAUCGAGACGGCUUAUCUCAGUGUUCCGCCGCCGCCAGGCGACCCCACUUUUCGCAAGGGAGCCCUCGACGCGCUCUUUGCAGGGCCAGGAUACGUGGAUAACUUCAUGAUUCUAGGUUCGGAUCGCAAGGCAGUGCAGUCCGGGCUGGAUAGUGUGUGCAGACGCUUGGAGUCACUGGGCCUUUCUGUUCAUGAGCUGAGUGCCGCGAGCCAGGAUAUCUCGUUCGUGGGGGUGAGCUUCAGUGAGGGGUCCAGGGUGUCCAUCAAGCCUUCUAACUUGUGGCGUCUCAGGUACGGUAUCGAGGCCUUGCUGAGACGUGGUGUAUGCAGCGGCUCGGCGCUCCAGAUCGUGAUGGGUCAUGUGACCUGGGCAGCCCUUUUACGUCGUGAGGUGCUGUCGCUUUUCAAUGCAUCUCAUCAGUUCAUGCACGCAGUCGGUGAGCGACCGCAGAAGCUCUGGCCGCGGGUGCGGCAAGAGCUGUGGACCUUCCGCUCAAUCCUGCCUCUCCUCUUCACACAGAUCAACAUCCCUUGGCACAACGUCAUUGCUGCAUCAGACGCAUCCCUCUUCGGCAUCGGAGUGUGCACGCGUGUUGUGUCGCCCGAACAGUCUGGCGAGAUAGACGCUUUGCGGGGCUCCACGCCGGUCGAGGGCAUCGAGGACUUCCAGCAGUUCCUUGAGGUCUCGGGGGCUUUGUUCGAGGAGGUGCCCGAGGACGUGCUGAGCCCACCGGCGUGGCCCCGCACGACGCGUCGGAUCCAGACGAUGGCGCCAAAGGGCCUGCCGGCCAGGCGCCCACGCCAGCGGGCGAAGCCGACCUCGCGAGCCGGGGUGCUGAAGGCGCAGCGAGCUGCUUCCGCCUCACGUCUCACGGCAGCGCGGGCACCUGUGGGCAACCUCAGCUUGCUGGAGAGCCUGGCCGUUGCGCCGGGCACGGAGGUGCUGUACGUGGGCAUAGCGACUCACUUCCUCCAGUACUGUCAGGGGAUGGGAGCGGACUGGCAGAGCGCCGGCGAGCUGGACCCCCUGCUGGUCGCGUUCUUCAACGCGCUCUUCCUGGAGGGGGCGAGCGUCGAGGACGGCUCGAAACUGCUGGCCAGCCUGUCGCACUUCAUCCCAGACCUCUACAAGUCGACAGCGGCGAAGUUGCCGCGGGCCAGCCGCUGUCUAGUCGCCUGGCGCCGGAGGGUCCCGCCGCGCAUGCGACUUCCGUUGCCUCGCGCGGCGGCCCUCGCUCUGGCUGGGUGCCUCCGCCACCUGGGCUUCCCGCGUAUGUGCCUGUGGGUGGUGAUCACGUUCGUGGCGUGCCUGAGGCCUCACGAGGCGUUCCUCUUACGCGGGAAGCACCUCGUCGCCCCGAAGGUCGUGGCGGGCCGGCAGUACAGCUCUUGGGGCCUGCUGCUCCACGACGCAUCGCUGGGGGACCCAGGGAAGACGGGGAUGUUCGACGCCGCGGUGCUCCUGGACAGGUGCGUGUGGCUGCUGCCGUGUCUGGAGGCGCUGAAGCACCAGUCGCUCGAAGACGGCAGCCUGUGGGACUUCUCUCCGGCGGACCUGCAGAAACAGUUCACCAUGCUGGUCAAGAUCCUCGGCCUCGAGGCGCUCUCCCCGCACCUGUACUCGUUGCGCCACGGCGGCGCCAGCGACGACCUCGCGACUGCUGUCAGGACCCAGGAAGAGGUGAAGGUGAGAGGGCGCUGGGCGACCAUCACGAGCCUCAAGAGGUACGGGAAGACAACCCGGCUCCUGCUCGAGAUGGCGACGGUGCCCGAGGAUGUGUUCGAGCUCGGCCGCGCGGUGGAGGCGAACUUCGCGAGCGCGAUGGCCGAGGGCUUCGACAGCGCGCAGUCGCCGGUGCGACUGCCUCCACGCAUCGCGGCCUUGCUGGGCCCCGGGCGGGGGGCUGCCGGGGAGUUCCUAGAGCCCGAGGUGCGGCGCUACCUGCAGCGCGCCUUUCGUGCCUGUGCUGUACCGCGCCCUCGAUUCAUGAAGCAUCUCGUCUUCCUGGAACUCUUUGCAGGCAGUGGUCGCAUUGCGGCUGCAAUUCAGAAGCUUGGGUAUCGUGCGUUGUCUUUCGAUCUGCUCAAUAAUCCACGUGAUGAUCACCUUGACCCUACUUUCCAGAAGGUCAUAGUUGGGUGGCUAACGUCAGGCUGCAUUGCUGCGCUGUGGCUAGGUACUCCAUGUACUACGUGGGCGCGUGCCCUUCGCCGCCCUUUGCGGAGCAGUGCGGAUCCCCUCGGCGUGCACGACCUGUCUGAGUUUGAGCUCGAGCGCUUGAGGAUUGGCAACGCCACGUUCUUCUUCAGCGUUAUGCUUAUCAGACUUCGUAUUGCUUCUAACAUUCCCGUCUUCCCGGAGAAUCCGAGGACCUCGAUUAUGUGGUGGACUGAGCACAUGAAAGACCUCAUGA